AUGGCAUCUAGCAAACAAGCUGAAGUUCUUCUGGAAGAAUUAAUUUGUCCAGUGUGCCUUGGAUUGCUAAGUGUUCCAGUGAUGCUAGAGUGUGGACAUAACUUCUGCAGGGCAUGUAUUGACAGUGUCUGGGACAGAGAGAAAAAAACUUCCUGUCUUGAGUGCAGAGAGGAGAACCCAUCCAGAAAGUACACUCUGAACCGACUACUAGCAAAUGUGAUUCAAACAUUGUAUAAACAGAGUCAGAAAGGAGAUGGACCAAACCUUGGACAGAAAGACAGUGAUCGUAUCUGUACGAAACAUGUUAAAAGGCUGGAGUUGUUCUGUGAAAGUGAUGAUACUUUGGUUUGUUCAUUGUGUGUUCCUGAUCAUCGCAGCCACAACUUUCUGAAUUUGCAGCAAGCAGUCAGUAUGUGUAAGGAAAAGUUGAAAACUGCUACAGAUGCUCUAGAAUUAAAACUAAAGUACAUUACAGAGCUGCAACUUAAGCAGGAAGGGAAGAUCUCUUGUAUCCAGGACAAAACCCGGAGUCUGGAACAAAACAUUACAACAGAGUUUGUGAAACUUUAUCAGUUUCUCCAGGACAAGGAGCAGCAGCUGAUCCAACAGCUCAAGGAGGAAGCAAAUGGAAUUCUAGAAAAAAUGAAGAAAAGUCUUAAUAAAAUGCAAAAAGUGGCAGAAGCUGUUCAAAGGCAAAUAUCAGACAUGUAUUCAACGAUGCAGCCGGAAGAUCCUCUGCUUUUUCUCUCAGGCAGCCCUGAAAAAGCCAUAGCAAGUCUGGGUCUUGACAUUAGCAAGUUAACAGCUCUUUCCUUCAGAGUAGGAGAUGUAUUACAUGCCCAUGCAAAAGGCCAUCAGAAAUUGAGGUAUUAUACUGAGGUUGGAGAUUGUGAGCUUACAGAAGAUAUGUCAGAUCAUGAUGACUAA